GAGCCCCAGCCCAGCCCGGCCCAGCCCUGUCCUCGCGGCACUCGGAGGCCAAGGCGGAUCUCAGGGCCCGGAACCGCGCAGACAAGCCUGGGGGCCAGGGCCGACCGAGGUGGGGACACGGGGCCGAUAGGGACCGGGAGACAGCUGGGACGGCGCUGGGCCCCGGCGCUCAAACUUUUCUGGAACGCGCGCCAGAAACACUUUUCUGGAGUGAGCUUGGGGCUUGGCCCAAAGAAGUCAGAGGCUUCCUUCUUCCCGGCCGUCGGGAGUUUCGCCUUCCCGGUACCCCAGUGUGUGGUGAGCACUGGUAAGCUGGCCAGCAUCUUGGGAGUGCCCCUCGUAGUGGCCUGUCAGGGCGUGUCCCCCAUGCCGGCCCGGAGUGGCCAAGCUGUCCCAGCAGCUGGGGUUUCCCCUCAGCUCUUGAGCAGCCAUGUCUAAUCCCACUGCACCCCCUCCCUAUGAGGACAGAAACCCCCUAUACCCUGGCCCUCCACCUCCUGGGGGCUAUGGGCAGCCGCCUGUCCUGUCAGGUGGAUACCCUGCCUACCCUGCCUAUCCCCAGCCUGGUUAUGGUCACCCUGCUGGCUACCCACAGCCAAUGCCUCCCAUCCACCCGAUGCCCAUGAACUAUGGCCCAGGCCAGGGUUAUGAUGGGGAGGAGAGAGCAGUGAGUGACAGCUUCGGGCCUGGAGAGUGGGAUGACCGGAAAGUCCGACACACAUUCAUCCGAAAGGUCUACUCCAUCAUUUCUGUCCAGCUGCUCAUCACAGUGGCCAUCAUCGCUAUCUUCACCUUUGUGGAACCAGUUAGCAUCUUCGUGAGGAGAAAUGUGGCUGUGUACUACGUGUCCUAUGCUGUCUUCAUUGUCACGUACCUGAUGCUUGCCUGCUGCCAGGGACCCAGACGCCGGUUCCCAUGGAACAUCAUCUUGCUGACCCUCUUCACUUUAGCCUUGGGCUUCAUGACAGGCACCAUUUCCAGUAUGUACCAAACUAAAGCUGUCAUCAUUGCCAUGAUCAUCACUGCUGUGGUGUCCAUUUCUGUUACGAUCUUCUGUUUUCAGACUAAGGUGGACUUUACUUCUUGUACAGGCCUCUUCUGUGUCCUGGGAAUUGUGCUGAUGGUGACUGGGAUUGUCACUAGCAUUGUGCUGUACUUCAAAUAUAUUUACUGGCUCCACAUGCUCUAUGCUGCUCUGGGAGCUAUCUGUUUCACCCUGUUCCUGGCUUACGAUACACAGCUGGUCCUGGGAAACCGGAAACAUACCAUCAGCCCAGAGGACUACAUCACGGGUGCCCUGCAGAUCUACACGGACAUAGUCUACAUCUUCACCUUUGUGCUGCAGCUGGUGGGGGAUCGUAACUGAGAAGCAUCGGCUCCACCUGCCUAGGGCUUUCCCUUUCCUCUUGGGCUCGGCCUUAGGUCCCUUCUCCCCUCAAGUAAUCUGCCCAGUUUCCUCUCUGUCCUGGGGAUGGGGGGAGCCCUCUGGCUGUAUUAUAUGGGAACCAGGGGUGCUGGAGUUACUGAGAACUCUUUCCCUUGGUAAACUAAGCAAGGAGUAGACUGAAGCUGUAUCUCCUCCCCUUUACCCACAAUGAGCAUCAAACUUUUAGCUGCACAGCAUAGGGGAUAUGAGGAGCCUAUGAACAUAGAAGGUGCUUCAAGAAGAGGUUCCCUCCUACUUUGGCCACAAAGCAUUCUAGGCUACAUAGCUGGAGCAAUUCCCCUCCUAGACCCAAUAAAGCCAGAUGUUUUGUCUUCAGUUCCUGCAUUCAUAGGCCACUACCCCAUCUGUACUUCUUGGGCUUGGCAUCUCUUAGCUUGGGAAGCUAGAAGAGAUCUGUACCCAGGGGUCUCCCUGAUCCAACCCAGUCUUCUCUCAGUAACAUGUAUAGAUUAUUCAUCUGGGUUAGGGCUGGGGGAAGAAAGUGAGCAAUGUUCAUUUAGUAGAGGGACCAACAAAGAGUAGUAUCUACCCUGGCUGCCAUCUGGGCCCAUUCUCCAAAGUGCUUGGGACCACUGGGGCUUCCAAGAUUUGGUUAGAGGGUCCUCUUAUUUUCUCUCAGGAGAACGUGAAGGGUACAGGUCAGCAGUGAGAUGGUUUGUAGGAUCACAAAUGUGCUGGAAAGUAGCCUGGGUGAGGAGAUGGAUGGGAGCAGGGAAAACAUGCCUUGUGGUCCCCUACCUGGUCUGAAAAAUACCGAAGCCUACUUCUGUACCUAUAAUGUCUGUCCCUUCUAACCUAGGGAGGGCCCCAACAGAAAGGCAACUUCUUUCUCAUUCUGUUCUGAACCAUGCUGGUAGGGGGGGAGAUUAGACUAGAAUCCCCUCUGCAGCCAGCCACUGCUUUUAGUGUAAUCCAACUGCCUCAAGCUGGUAUGGGGGUGGGCACAGGGCCAUUUUAUCAGGUAGGGUAGAAAGCCUGUUAGCCCAAGGACAUAAUUAGAACUUUUCUGUCCAGUACUUGAUUCUAAACAUAUCACACAAAAGGACACAACUAGAAAAGUAAUAAAGUUUUAUGUUUAGCAGUGAAA